UUGCAGAAAGUAAUCGCAUCCACAUUGGAAGUGGUCCAGGAAUCCGUCACUGUUGACCAAGUAGACAACGGACGAGAGGUGGUCAUCUAUUGCUGACCUGUGUGGUCUCUGGUCAUUCACAAGGCAGUUAAGAGGGGGAAAAAGAACCAGAGUUUUAACCAUCUUCCACCACCAGCAGACUCUGUCAUUUCAAAUCCAGUUCCCAGUCAGAAAAAUAUUGCUCAGAAAGAUUAACCUCAGUCUUAAGCUCACUCAGAGAGGAUAGAAGUUUGUUUUGUGGCUGGGAAAGAGAGAAAGAAAAGAAGAAGAAAUCAACUCAGCAAGCAGACAGAUCUCUGAACCAGGAAGUCUAGCAGCCAGUGUCGAGUUUCUUCUGGGAGAAUGCAGCAGUUUUAGAAUCAAAAGAAAGCUUUCCUCAAAGUCUCUGGCAAUCUUUUCUCCCUUUCUCUUGCUUUCUCCGAAGUGACCCAGUGAAAUCAUUUUGCUAGGACUGAAGGGAAACAAAGUAAAGAUGCCACUGUUCGGGAAAUCACAGAAAACGCCGCAGGAGAUGGUGAAGAAUUUAAAGGAGGCUAUUUCACAGAUUAGUAGGGAGGAUAAGAAAGGAGAGAAGGCUUCAGACGAUGUAUCAAAGAAUCUAGUGUUAAUGAAGACGCUGCUGUAUGGAGCAGGUGACCAGGAGCCUCAGUCUGAGCAAGUGGCGCAACUGGCGCAGGAAAUCUACAACAGCAAGCUGCUGCUACUUCUGAUACAGAGUCUACAUAGGAUUGAUUUUGAGGGCAAGAAAGAUGUGGCUCAGAUCUUCAACAACGUUCUACGCCGCCAGAUCGCCACUCGCUCGCCAACUGUGGAGCACAUUUGUACCCAGCCAGAGAUUCUCUUCACGCUCAUGAAAGGCUAUGAGCAGCAGGAGAUAGCGCUGAACUGCGGCAUGAUGCUGAGAGAAUGUUGUCGUUAUGAGGCCCUCGCCAAGAUCAUGCUGUACUCUGAGGAGUUCUACAACUUUUUCCGCUACGUUGAAGUCUCUACGUUUGACAUCGCUUCAGAUGCCUUUUCUACAUUUAAGGAGCUGUUGACCAGGCACAAGAUCCUGUGUGCGGAGUUCCUGGAGGCCAACUAUGGCCGUGUUUUUGACCAGUACCAGGCCUUACUGAACUCUGAGAAUUAUGUCACCCGGAGGCAGGCGCUCAAGCUGCUUGGUGAGCUCCUAUUGGACCGACAUAAUUUCACCACCAUGACACGCUACAUCAGCAACCCAGACAACCUCAAGCUCAUGAUGAACAUGCUGCGGGAAAAGAGCAGGAACAUCCAGUUUGAGGCUUUUCAUGUUUUCAAGGUUUUUGUGGCCAAUCCAAACAAGCCGAAGCCAAUUCUGGAUAUCCUGCUCAGAAAUAAGGAAAAAUUAGUGGACUUUCUAACUAAGUUUCAUACCGAUCGCUCGGAAGAUGAACAAUUCAACGAUGAAAAGGCUUAUCUUAUAAAACAAAUCAAAGAACUCAAAGCUCCUGACGAGCACUAAUAUUUAGCAAGGAAUAGCUGUUAAACUAUGUUACUACAUUUUUUAUUUUAAUCGUACUAAUUAUACAAUUAUCUUAGACUAUUCUAAUAGACAUGAAACUAGUAGAACAGUCAGUAGGAUGUUGAUCUGUUUUUGUCAGAUUUUUUUUUCGACGGCUUGUGUCUAACAGAAAAGUAAGGGGGGAGACAGCGAGUUUGCUAUGCAGAACGUUUUUGUCAGUUAACUCUGCAGCUUUCAUUCUCAAAUGGACAAGAUUAUUAAAAAUGAAGCGUUCAUGAACCA